AGGAUGCAGCAAGCCGAGGUGGAGGCAGCGCGCCGCGCGCUUGCCAUUUUUCAGCAGAGGUCGCCCGAUAUCGACCCCGAGGUCUGGACAGUCAUCCACUGUCGCCUCCAAGACGAUGCCGCGUCGGCCGCCUCGGAGCCCACAAAGAUCUGCAGCGCCGGUUGCGGCCUGGCCGAGAACGCGCGCAUGUUCUCGAAGAAACAAUGGUCCGCGCGCGCCGUUCGACGGUGUGUCGCCUGCGUGAAGGCCUGCGUGGAGCCGAAGCUCUGUACGCACGGAAAGGGCGCCUUUGACUGCGCGGCAUGCAUAGCGAUCGUAAAACGUGAGGCCGAGGCCGAGGCCGAGGUCGCAGCCGCAGAGCGCCGCAGAGCCGAGCCCGCUUGCGUCCUCGAGGCCGCGGUUCAUGUCGAACCAGAACAACACGACGCAAAUAAGAAGUACACGGAGGCCGUAGUGGUCGCGGCGAAGACGUGCGCCGAGGACGUGAAGGGCCAGACGUGCUACAUCUGCACGCAGGCCGUCCACUGGAGAACGAAGGAAGGCCUCGUGCGCGCAUGCGCGUGUGGUGAUCGUGAACGGUACGUUAGUGGCGUUCCUACCGGGGCGACUGGCGUCGUGCACAUCUCGUGCCUGGUGGAGCAGGCCAAGAUUUUGAUCGAGGAUGCCGAGGAGAGGGAUUUAGGCGCCAAUGCGUUUAGUGAGAGGUGGUCGCGGUGGAGCCAUUGUAGCUUGUGCGAGCAGGCGUACCACGGCGUCGUGCGGCGCGCGCUCAGCUGGGCGUGCUGGAAGACGUAUGUGGGACGGCCGGAGGCGGACGUGACUCGACGCUUAGCGAUGACGCUGUUUGGCAACGGUUCAGGCGACUUCGAUCCCACUGACACCGACGAUCUUCGGCCAGUCUGCGCGAAUUGCGGUCGCGACAACGCGUCGAAGACGUGCGGCCGCUGCAUGGCGCAGGCGUACUGCAGCACCGAGUGCCAGCGGGCCGACUGGAAACGGCACAAGUCCUCGUGCCAGAGUGUGGAACUGGAAGACCGCGAAGAAUCGAAUGCAUCGGAGCCCCCCGCCGACGCCGCCGAGGUUGAAAAAUAUCCGAGCAGGAGUGGACUCGAAAAGUCCGACCUCUUUCAGGCGAUCCACAAGGCCGUCAUUGCAUCCGCAGACAGUCCGUCAUUGAGGCUCGCAGACUCCCCAGUUUUUCUAGAGUUCACCAAGGCCGUCGCGGCGCACACGCAAUACGCUCUCAACGCAGACCGUGGUAACCUGAUGCAAAGAUUGGCUCACGAUAUAUUGGUGCACACGCCCGAACAGCAGAUGCUGGACACGAUCAAAUCAGCUGGUUGGGUUCCGUCCGAGGAACGUGCGCUUUUUCUCAAGCAAUACAGAUUUAUCCUGGAGCUAAGGGCCAACAGUGAACAGGUGACUAAAUCAAAACAAGAAAUGGAUAAGGUGAAAAAAAUAAUGGCCCAAUAUCUCGCUAGGGAGAACCGUGAAACAAAAAACUCCUGGGUGAAAAAACUGGUGGAGGACGCCGGUCGCGCGUAUGAGCGGCACAGACGACAAAACCAAAGGGUCGAACGCCGAAAGUGCGACGUCUGCGAGCGGCAGGACCUGACGUCGGCACCCAGAUUCAUGAUGUGCGCGGGCUGCGGUAAGCGGCGCUACUGCUCAGGGAUUUGCCAGGAGAAGGACUGGCGCGAGAACGGACACAAGAUGACCUGCGCGCCCAUAUCCGACUUCGCAUGCCGAGUAACGGGGGGCUGCCCCGUCAGCGAGCGCGGCUACUGCGACUUCUGCGCCGAGACGUUCUGCCUGGACUGCGAAGAUGACCUUAGGCGAUGCGACGACUGCGGCUUGUAUUCCUGCGGCUCUCAAGAAGCACACAAGUUCGGCCCUAUUGACAGAAUUUGCCCCCGAAUAUGGGGGUGUGAAGCAUGUGGAAAAUAUUAUUGCCCGAGGUGCCAGGUUGUUGAAACAUGCGUUAUUUGUGAUAUGGAUUUUUGCGAUUUUUGUGGCUCUAACUGCAGUAUUUGCAACGACCCGAUCUGCGACAAAUGCUGCGAUGCGCGCGAGGCUAAGGGCCUGGCCAAUUUGUGCGCCCAAUGCGCCGACGUGUCCGGAUGGGAGCUCGUAGACGGCCGCUGGGUCAAGCGCCCACGGGCCGACGACGCGGUUCACGACGCGCUCGCGGACCGCGUCGGAGCCCUCGAGGCCAAACCCUAG